AUGAAAUACGGAUACUUGAUUCAAGAAAAUCCACAAGUAACACGUCUUAUAAAACCACAAAUAUUUCUUCAAGUAGCAUUAUCACCUAUACAAACUUCAUGUUUCAUAAUUAUAGGUAACCGAGAUGAAAUAUUAAAAUUUCUUGAAACACAUUCUAAAGUUCCAAUCAUUAUUACCACCACUACCACUACUGAUAAAAAUAUUUCUCAAGUGGGAAUUGAAAUUUCUAUUUCACCUUAUAAUAAAAAACCUAUUGGACCUACAGCAUUAGGCACAAGUACAUCAUUUAAUUGGAUAAAAGUUUUACUCCCUAAUACUAAAUGGUGCUUAGAAAUUAGAUAUGAUGAAUCAACUUUACAAUUUCCAAGAGAAUAUGAUAAUUAUGAGAAUGACCAAUUUGAAGAAGAAAUAAUAAAUGGUGACGAGAAAAGUGAUGAAAUGAUGAUUUGGGCGGAAAAUGUAAAGAUUUGGUAUUUUAAUUUAGGAAUUACAUUAGGAGAAGUUAAAGAAGUCAUAGAAAAGGAAAGUUGGUUUUGGUGA